UUUGGUACCUCUCAAAUCUUUUCUAUUCGGGGCCUCGGUUUCUGCAUUCCUAAUUUUCGGAACCUGAAUCCGAGACACUCAGCACAAUCCGUUCCGCUUCAGCUCAGACCAUGGCUACCACCGCAAUCUCCAAGGAGGCUGCUCCCGCCGCCGUGGCGGCGAUUCAGAAGAACUUUCCGGGCUCCGUGGAAGAAACCGGUUACAUUGCGACGGUUGCGGACAAGCUGAAGAAGCACGGGUUCACCAAGGACAACAGCAUCGCGCUCGUCAGCACGUGCCGCGACGAGGCGUCUCGCAUCCUUGACGCCGCCAUUGACAAGCACUUCGGGCUUACCUUCGCACUCAACGGUCUCGCGGGAGUUCCGCCCGGCGGCGCGCUCGCGAUCAAGGCCGGCGCGUCGCACAGCCCGCAGGACGAGAAUGGCAAGGAGCGAUACGUCUUCUUCGCCCUCACGCACAUCGGCAUCGACGAAACCGGGCACGUCGGCAGCAUGCGUCGCGCCGGUCGCCCCGCGCUUUCCCACGCGUGCGGCGCGCUGCUCGCGCUGACGGCGCAGUUCAGCGCGAGCAAGGAGCUGCCGAAGGCGUCGGAUGACGACUUGGAGCUGCACUACCUCACGAAGAAGCUGCUCGCGAAGAACCCCGUGCCGAACAUCGUGGCGGUUACCAAGGCGGCGGUGGAUGUUAUCAACAGUACGCUGGAGCACCUGAUCAGCGUGGCUGUGGACAGCAAGAAAGCGGAUUAUGCUGUUAUUACUGGCGUGCAGAUCCACUCCGGGAACAACCCCCCCGGCACGCCAUUCAAGCUGGAGAACACGGUGGAGUACAUCACCCCCUCCCUCGCUUACGUGGUCGUGAAUGGAGUCAAGACGACCCUGUAGAUUCCUGCCACGUGGUUUUUAUUUAUCCAUGGUUUGGAUGGAUGACGCGGGUAGCAGGGCUUCUGCGAAAGCCUUGGAGCAGGGAUUGGCGAACACUAUUUUCCCUGCAUUCCAUCUAGUGUAGAUCGGGUGGAUAUGUAAUCUCCUUGUCUAAUAAUAUUAUUGAAACGACA